AUGGGUGGAUUUACACUCUUCGACGGUCAAAGGCCGAUGGGUGUUUUGUCUCAUAAGCACCUUAGCCAUCUCCUCCGAGAAGGCAAAGUCAGGUUUCCAGAUAUCUCCGUGAAAGAGAUUGAAGAUCGUAGCAAGAGUGACGGACUGGCCAAAUUUCUCGUCAUAGGUCAGACCACAUGGUUUAUUCUGCAGGUCAUUACCCGGAAAGUGCAAGGAUUGGGUACGACCAAACUCGAGAUUUCCAGCUUAGCAUUCGCUGCGAUUAAUGCCACUGUCUACUUCUUCUGGUGGAACAAGCCGUACGAUGUCCGUACAUCGGUCCCGGUAUAUCUUUUGAAGCCAACAGACGAACCGGGGAAGGAAGAUCCCAUGUCGGAAUAUUUGACGAUCCAGAUAAACGAGACAGUGAUUACGAAAGAGAAGUCACAUCAAGGAAAGUUCUCAGACACAGAAGAUAUGGCCAGAGUGCGCCAGCCAGUCUUUAGCAGGAACGUGCUUCGAAAACUUGUGUCCUGGCCCAUUGCGGCACUCAUGUAUGUCUCCAAGUGUCUUCAUAACAUGAGCGAGAACUUUCCAGAAUUUCAUCACUUCCAACACCGAAAGGGCCCGGAAGCAGAAGGGAUAAAAAAGGUCCCAAAAUUCUACGCGAUAUUGGGAGACUACGAUAUGCACGUUAACCUUGUCGUGUCGAUCAUAGGGGUUGUCUUUGGAUCCAUCCAUUGUGCUGCAUGGUCAUUCAGAUUCCCGUCGUCUGUGGAGCUUAUACUGUGGCGUGUAGCAUCGUUGUUGAUAACAUGCAUUCCGGCAUCUUUCCUUGUGGUCGUAUUCAGUGUAGACGGUGUAUUAAAGGCACCUACCGAUCCGUAUAAGCGCGGCUGGAAAGGCUUCAUACGCGUUCACAUAUCCCCUUUCAUGUUUGCUGUCCUCCUUCCGAUGUAUGGUUUAGCGCGAGCUAUACUGAUCACGGAGUCCUUGAUCACCCUAAGGGACCUACCUUCAAGUGCAUUUUCGAUAGUCAGUUGGACGACAUUUAUACCACAUAUAUAA